CCUCAAGCGUCCGACGCUGCCUUUCGCCCUCAGGACGCCAUGACGUUGUGUUCUUCCCAUCCCUUGCCUCCUCCCUGUUUCCUUGGCGGCGGAGAAGCAUAGACCCGGACUUCGGAAGACCUUUUACGACGUUGGGUUUUAGAGUCUAUCUCGGCACUAGGUCCACUUUUCGGCAAAGUGACGUGGACGUCAACAGCAAUGGCGGAAGGGGAGGAGGUCCUGCCCCUGCCAACGUUGAGCGGCGACGACUGGGAAAAGGAUCUUGAAGAAGCUCUGGAAGCAGGAGGUUGUGAUCUUGAAACUUUGAGAAAUAUAAUUCAAGGGAGACCACUGCCUGCUGAACUGAGGGCCAAAGUUUGGAAGAUUGCUCUUAAUGUUGCUGGUAAAGGUGAUAGUUUGGCAUCAUGGGAUGGUAUUUUAGACCUGCCAGAACAGACCACUGUUCAUAAAGAUUGCUUGGGGCUUAUUGACCAGCUUUCAGUGCCAGAGGAGAAGGCAGCAGAAUUACUUCUGGAUAUUGAAUCUGUAUUUACCUUCUAUUGUAAAUCACGUAAUAUUAAAUAUAAUGCAUUACUUAGCUGGAUUCAUCUACUGAAACCAUUGGUGCAACUUCAGCUGCCACGAAGCGAUUUAUACAACUGCUUUUAUGCUAUCAUGAAUAAGUACAUUCCCAGGGAUUGUUCUCUGAAGGGGAGACCAUUUCAUCUCUUUCGAUUACUCAUCCAAUACCAUGAACCUGAGCUUUGUUCUUUUCUUGACACAAAGAAAAUUACUCCAGACUCCUAUGCACUCAACUGGCUUGGAAGCCUUUUUGCAUGUUACUGUUCCAUUGAAGUCACUCAGGCAAUAUGGGAUGGAUAUCUCCAACAAGCAGAUCCAUUUUUUAUUUAUUUUUUAAUGUUAAUUAUCCUUGUUAAUGCAAAAGAAGUUAUUUUAGCACAAGAAUCAGACAGCAAAGAAGAAAUUAUCCAGUUCUUGGAAAAUACACCAUCCAGUUUAAAUCUUGAGGAUAUAGAAGACCUUUUCACUCUGGCUCAGUAUUAUUGCAGUAAAACCCCAGCUUCUUUUCGAAAGGAUAAUCACCAUCUCUUUGGCAAUACUCUGUUGGGAAUUAAGGAUGAUGAUGGAGAUGUAAGUCAAGCUCUUUGUCUGGCCAUCUCAGUAUCAGAAAUUCUUCAAGCCAAUCAGCUGCAAGGGGAAGGAGUCCGGUUCUUUGUGGUGGAUUGCCGUCCUGCAGAACAGUAUAAUGCUGGGCAUUUAUCAACUGCUUUCCACUUAGAUUCAGAUCUGAUGCUCCAGAAUCCAUCUGAGUUUGCACAAUCAGUAAAAUCCUUGCUGGAAGCACAAAAGCAGUCCAUUGAAUCUGGCUCCAUAGCUGGUGGGGAGCAUCUCUGUUUUAUGGGUAGUGGCAGGGAGGAAGAAGACAUGUACAUGAACAUGGUCCUGGCACACUUUUUACAGAAAAACAAAGAAUAUGUGAGUAUUGCCAGUGGAGGAUUUAUGGCACUGCAGCAGCACCUAGCAGACAUUAACGUGGAUGGACCAGAAAAUGGAUAUGGCCAUUGGAUUGCUAGUACUUCAGGCUCAAGGAGCAGUAUCAAUUCUUCUAUUGAUGGUGAAUCUCCUAAUGGUUCAAAUGAUAGAGGAAUGAAAUCACUGGUAAAUAAAAUGACUGUGGCUUUGAAGACAAAAUCCGUUAAUGUCAGAGAAAAAGUUAUCAGUUUUAUUGAGAAUACAUCAACUCCCGUGGACCGAAUGUCUUUCAAUCUUCCCUGGCCAGACAGAUCAUGUACAGAGCGGCAUGUGAGCAGCAGUGACAGAGUGGGCAAGCCUUACCGUGGUGUAAAGCCGGUGUUCAGCAUUGGGGAUGAAGAAGAAUAUGACACAGAUGAAAUUGACAGUUCUUCAAUGUCAGAUGAUGAUAGAAAAGAGGUUGUAAACAUUCAGACUUGGAUAAACAAGCCAGACAUCAAGCAUCAUUUUCCUUGUAAAGAAGUGAAAGAAAGUGGACACAUGUUUCCUAGUCAUCUGUUGGUUACUGCAACACAUAUGUACUGUUUAAGGGAGAUUGUUUCCCGGAAAGGAUUGGCUUAUAUACAGUCUCGACAAGCACUAAAUUCUGUAGUUAAAAUUACAUCCAAAAAAAAGCAUCCUGAGCUAAUUACCUUCAAAUAUGGAAACAGCAGUGCUUCAGGAAUAGAAAUCUUGGCUAUUGAAAGGUAUUUGAUUCCAAAUGCAGGGGAUGCUACCAGAGCCAUAAAACAACAGAUCAUGAAAGUUUUGGAUGCGUUGGAAAGUUAAUAUUAAAAGAGAAUUACUUAAAUUAAUACAGCCAAGAGAAACAUGAACAUAUAUUUACUGACUGAAUACUAACCAGAGACCUUUCAUUUGCUUAUGCGGGUGCUUGAAUGGUGUGUCUAAGUGUAAAUUAUUACAAUCAAUUUCUGGAUAGUUAAACUUUUUUUAAAACUUCUUUUUCAGUUUUAUAAAAUGAUUUAUUAUAAAGGUCAAUUAUUAAAGGACUUUGAAGAAAUUGUCCUCGUGCCCUUAUGGAUUAAAGGGUGCAGAAUGCAGUUCUGUUUUGAAGAGCUGUUUUAAGGGAACCUGCAUCAGUUUCAGGUUUUAAAGCAACCGUACAAAUAUAUUUGCAAUGUCUUCACUGAAAAUUAGAGAUAGAAUUAGUUGAAGAGACUUCCUUAAUUGCUAAUUUAGUUUUACCCACUGAGCAAUAUCAGAAACUAAAAACAUAGGUUAAUAAUUAGUUCACUGUUUCAGUUCUUAAAAUGAAUGUAAUCUUUUUAAUGAAGUGAAGAUUCCAACCAACUUAAAAAUACAGUUCAGCUAGUGAUACACUCAGCCAUCAAUUUCUAAGUCAUCCUUGCUCCACUAGGUAACUAUUUGAGUACUAAGUGCUUCAGGAAUACUAAAUUUCAUCCUUAUGGUUUCUAAGGAGGAAUUGAAAAUAUUAUAAUGAGCAGGUAGGCAUGUUAAGAUUAAAAUGAGCAUUUGGGGACAAAAUUGUUUGGUUUAAUUGUCUGAGUGAAUUAUUUAAUUUAGAUUAUUUCAACACAAAUGUUGAGCACACAUUGAUUUACCUGAGAUGAUGAACUGUGACCACACUAAUAUCCACUUAAAUAAAAGCCAAAUAAGCAGGCAGCUGAGUGAAUUUCAGUUGUUUUUAUACCACUUUCUGUUUUCUUUCUGUUCUUUUGGUUUAAUCUUCCAUUAAAGUUUUAUUGCUUUAAGGCUUUUUACUUUCUAAUGUGACGAAACUGAAGUGAUCUGUGUUAUUUUACAGUUUUCUAAGCUUAAUUUACUGUGGCCCAUAUUAAGUAGUAAGAGAUCCAAAAACACUUUGGGAGUCAUUUGAUAUUUUAAAUAUCUUUUUAAGAAAUAGCAAAUAAAAUCUGCCAUGUCCUAAAAUGUAACAGGUUAUAUCUGGGAGGUUGAUAGAAAUAUCUAGAUGUACCCUGUUAAUAGCCAGUUACUUUAAUUUACUUACUGGAAAUCAAGU